AUGUCCGUCAUCUAUUUCGUCACUGCGCGAGCCAUGUCCACGGAUAGGACACUUGCCUCAGAUCUCAACACACAUUCAUCACCGUCGUUCCCGACCAACCAUGUUCCUGAACCCCAGUUUUCAGCCAAUGAAUUUGCCGAAGCCCUCACGCUUAGGGAGGCAGAAUGGUUACGAGUCUACCUCACGCUGGCAUUCGUUCAGACCUUCGGGCCGGAACUGUCGCCUGUAAAUUUCGGUAAGACUUUUGGUUCCAGUCGCAUUCGCUUCCUCGUUUUGACAGAAAGCUCAGGCCCGGGGGUAGUAGGGUCUACAUUGCGCGUCACUGUCCGUGGAGGCGCAGGUGCUGUUUUCGCACUCCCCAUCCAAGUCGAUCCUGAGAUAGUUGAUCCUACGAUCACCCACACGACG